UCCCUCAGCUGAUUCUCCUGGGCUGGAUCAUCACCUCCGAAUACUAGGGUGACAGGAGGGUUUGCAGAACCCGCCUCCAGCCUUCAGCCCCAGAUAAAUAGCAGCCUCCAGACCCAGGAGCAACGAGAAGUUUCUAGGCUCAACCCAGAGUUGAUUAAGCUCCUGGCUCCCUCGCCCCAGCGGCACUGGCUGUGAGCCUGGGCAGCCUGGCGGACAGACAGGGGUGGCUUGCUGAUUUCUGGUGAGGCCGGGGAGAGGGGCCGCCUGUGAGACUGCGGGUGACGGAGUCCCUGGGGGCUGGGACCAGCCACUGGUCGCCUGUCGUGGAGUGGAUGGUUCUGCUUUGGGGGCCCGGCGGAAGAGCAGCCUUCCUGUGACGGAACACCAGCCCACCGCCACCACCUUGCACGUGACCUUGGCAGGGGCUCCCUCUCGCUGAGCCUCCGUUUCCCUCCAGCUCGGCAGCACCAUGGCCGACGGCCAGAUGCCCUUCUCCUGCCACUACCCCAGCCGCCUCCGCCGAGACCCCUUCCGGGACUCGGCUCUCUCCUCCCGCCUGCUCGAUGAUGGCUUCGGCAUGGACCCCUUCCCUGACGACCUCACCGCUUCCUGGCCCGACUGGGCCCUGCCUCGGCUCUCCUCGGGCUGGCCGGGCACCCUGAGGUCGGGUAUGGUUCCCCGAGGGCCCACCACCACAGCAAGGUUUGGGGUGCCUGCAGAGGGCAGGAGCCCCCCGCCCUUCCCCGGGGAGCCCUGGAAGGUGUGUGUGAACGUGCACAGCUUCAAGCCCGAGGAGCUGCUGGUGAAGACCAAGGACGGCUACGUGGAGGUGUCUGGCAACCACGAAGAGAAGCAGCAAGAAGGCAGUAUCGUUUCCAAGAACUUCACAAAGAAAAUCCAGUAAGUAAAGCCCCGAGAGCGGAGUCCCUGAGCCAGACUGCCCAUGGGGGCUCCACGGCCAGCCGAGGGCAGCACUCAGCCCCCAC